UCCGCUCUCCGCGGUGCGUAGAGAGGGAGGCGCCGCCCCGGGUCGGCCGAGCCGCCGUGCAGGUGCCGCCGUCGGGAACGGCCGCGUCGAGGGGUUCGUCGGAGGGGAGAUGGAGGAGCCGGGGGGCUGCGGGAGCGAGGCGCAGCGGGAGCGGGUGCUGUCCGUGGAGGAAUGGCUGCGGAAAUGGAGCGCGGGUGCCACCGGCUUCCAUAAGGAGCACAGGCAUCCGCUCCUACAGAAGCACCUGGACCUUCUGGUGGAUGGCAGGAAUGGGCUGAGGAUAUUUUUCCCUCUUUGUGGUAAAGCAGUCGACAUGAAGUGGCUGGCAGACAUGGGACACAGCGUGGUCGGCGUGGAUGUCAGCGAGCAAGCACUGAAGGAGUUCUUUGCAGAUCAGUGUCUCCCUUAUUGUGAAGAGCCAGUCCCAGGGAUCUCAGGAGCCAAAAAGUUGCAGAGUACUUCUGGAAACAUUUGUCUGUACUGCUGCAGUAUUUAUGAUUUGUCCAGUGCAGUUGUUGGCAAGUUUGAUGGGGUUUGGGACAGAGGAGCUCUAGUGGCUGUGAAUCCAUGCGACAGACAACGCUAUGUCACCUUGAUGAGCUCCCUAAUGGAGAAAAACUCUUCUUAUCUCCUCAUUACAGUUUUAUAUGAUCCAACCAAAUACAACGGACCACCGUUUUAUGUUCCUGAAUCUGAAGUUAAAAGCUUGUUUGGCAGCCAGUGUGAAAUUAAGUGUCUUCAGAAAGUCAAUGACUUCUCAGACAAACACAAGCAGUGGGGACUAGAUUAUUUUCUGGAAGUAAUGUAUCUAAUAAAGUUUGUAGCUUGAUUAAAAUCAGUUAACAUA